UGGUGUUCUUGAAUUGAAACCAGCUUCACUGUUUAAUACAAUCGUAUUGCACCGAGCGAAAUCUCGUCUGCAUGUAUUUCUCGACAAUCUUGAAAGCUUUGAAGAUGAUUUACCAGCUAUUUUGGUUCUUAACAACAUGCCUCACAUUUCUGUUCAACGCACUGUGGCUUUGCUGCAAUUUUGCCUCGAUUGGAAUCCCGUGGCUUAUGCUGCUCUUUUUCUUAGUUUGCAUAGCUUCCAAAUUUGUUAAGCUGAAAUGUCCGGCUAGUGAAAUUGUGCAGUCGUUGUUGCACCGAAGUGAAAAACUCGUCGGAUCUGAGGUGCUGUACUGGCCGAUAGUCAGCAGAGGUGGGGCUUUCGAUGCUCCUGAGAACUCUCUCGCAGCCAUAAAUCACUGCUUGUCACAGAAGUGCUACAAUAUACUUCUUGAUCUCAACAUCACAAGCGAUGGACAUCUGAUAGUGCUGAGCCGAACGACUUUGGAGAAAGCUAAUAUAAAUGAACCCAUUCAUAAGUUGAAGUUGAGUGCUCUGGAAAACUUCAAUAUUUCAGAACAUCAUCCUUUAGGGCAACAUUUUCAAUCAGAGAAGAUACUUACGUUUGAGAGGUUGCUUAAACUGUUGGAGACUAAUGAGUUGACCGUGUUUCUGCUAGCAUCACAUACCAAUGCUAAACUGAUAGAGCUUGUUCGAGAGGCCAUUGGAAACAAUUCACUUCUAACGAAACGUAUUGUGUUCUGCUGUUCAUCACCGAUUGCUAUUUAUCAGUUGCGACAGCACUGCCCUGAUCUCGUUUGUGGACUAUGGAUGGAAAAGUCGUCACUUUCGACAACCCAGCAAUACCUCAAUGCUUCCACUAUUCUGAUGUCGGUCUAUGGGGCAAUCUUUCGUAACAUAAUAUCUCCAGUUAUCGGAAUCAGCUUGGUGUUCAUUCACAAAGACGAAUUCAAUGCGCAAAUAUCGACAUUAUGGCACAACGUGGGCGUCCGGCCCAUAGUUUACACGAUCAACUCACCGAACGAGAAGCGAUAUUUCCAGCAAGUAACGAAAACUCAAUAUCUGACCGAUUCACUACGCUCAGAACCUCAGGUGAUUUUUCGAGGGAAGCGCAAGUAAUUGAAGGUUCAGCUACUGCCUAAGUAGGUUUACAUAGUGGUAAAGCAUCGUCGAGUCAAAAUAGUGUGUGAAAAAAAAAAACACGAGUGCAGCGUGUGAGACGUAGUGUGUAUCAUCCAUUCUAGAGGCCAUCUCGAUAAGCAUUUCUUGGAAGCUUUAUGUAAAGUUUUGUGUUCCUUUUUAAGCAGCUGAUUUUUUUUUAAUAGUAUAUUUAUGUUUAAUUGUAAGACCAUUUUACUAUUUAUCGAUGAGAGUCUCGCUGAAGAGAUAUUCAUGUGGAUUAGUUAAG